GUAGGCUUGCCAAAACAUUACCUGAAGUACAAAGAAAACUUCAAGGCUCGUCAGUUGUGGUCUUUAUACCUCGUUCACAAAGACCAAGGCUGGUUCAAGGAUCGAUAUUCGAACGAACGGGAUUUCGUCAACAUGCGCAUAGAAAAUACGAAACGAGGCAAGGCAGAGACGGUACGCAAGUAUAUUGCCGCCCUGACGGAAGGACAUUGGGACGAGAUCAACUAUGAGGCUUCUCGUGAGUCCGAGAACAAAAGGCUUCCAAACGGCUUGAGCGUAUGGGGACCUGGAGAGCCUCAGGGAUCCGACCGAGACGUGAUCGAGAUCGAACACCCUCCCAAGCAGCUCUUUAUCAAGACUGUGCACAGUAAUCAUAGCCGGUCAUCGUUGGAAGAGGCUUUCAAGAGGGUGAGCGGGUACCAGUACCUCGCUCUGAGUGAUCCUUCGCCCAAGAAGCAAUACGCACGGGUAGGAUGGAUUCAAUUCGGCCAGAACACCAAUAUGGACUCUGCGCUCGCGGCACUCGACAAGGUCAAGGUCGGCGGUUUCCAGCUCAAUAUGGUCAAGAACGGCGAACCCUUCAUCGGACGAGCGCGUUACACCCCCUCCCUCUCCUGCACGCUCGAACGAAUGCAACACGACUGCCAACAAGCGAAAGCGAUGGCAUUGAAACUGGAAUCCGACCUGUUCUUGGCUACUUCGGAAGACGUCGAUGAGGACGACGAGAUGAAGGACGACAAGCCUAAUCAAGAAAGGCUGAAAGAGGCGACCGCCAACUCGCAACUUGCCGAGGCGGUUAGUGGGCGCGUCGAGGAGCGGAUCAAGAUGCUGUGGGAAAACAACGGCCUCGUCAAGCCGGAAGAGCAGAUGUCGACGGCGGAGUUGCACGAAAAGGCUAGAAUCGAGUUGGAUCAUUGGUUGUCCUACCUGCGAAACGGGUUGCAUACGUGCUAUUACUGCGUGGCCCCUACUGACUACGCCGAAGAGCUCUACCGCAAGUGCAUCCGGCACCUGCGCAGUCCGCUCGCCCAGGACACGGAAGAGAUUGGUGCGGAUGUCGCCAUGGAGGACGUUGAUGAAAAGACUAGCCGUACCAAUGGCCGUGGCGCCGUCAAACGCAAGGCUCACGACCGCAACACCAAAGCCGACGUUUGGGCCGAGAAGCGAUGGUCGGAUAAUGUCGAUCACAAGAUCAAGCUGGUCAUCCUCCCCCGGGACAAGAUCGAGCUGGAAGAGUACGGAGCCAAGGAGAGGCAAGACUACCCCGCCUACAAACGUCUCAUCGAGGCAAACAUCAGCGUCGACGACCCUAAAAAGAGCCGAUGCACCAUCUGCAACAAGCCAUUCAAAUCGGCAGACUUUGUCGCUCGUCACAUCGUGUCUCGGCAUCCAGAACUGCUCCAGGAACUGCCGGACCUCGCUGAAUUCGAGGAACGCGUCAACAAAGACUAUCCGAUGUUCAACAACUUUGCUCUCGACCCUCAGCACCUUCCGCCUACGUUGACCUAUCCGGCCUCGGUCGAACAACGCAUGCCGCACCUUCCUGCUGAACUCCUCCCGACGAGCCGGGAGCCCGGGCGUCGGUCCGACCACUACCGUUCGGACGAUCACGGGAGGGGAAGUAUAUUCAACAGGCUCGGAGGGUACGCGGCAGGAGGUCCAGAUGCAGGGCCGAGGGAACCACCCGCCAAAAUCAAGGAAGAUCCUCGGGCGAGACGAGGCAAGAUCUCUUACGUCGAUUUGGACGCGCUUACCGUCAAGGCUGAGCCAGAGCCGGUCGAAGAAAGCGGCGGUCUGCCUUGGUAGAACGCAAUCUACGCAACGUCGUCCCGCAUGACCGACGUAAAAUUCGUAAUGUGUACAUGGUCAUCGAGCGAUAGCGAUGCAAUAUAUGAUGAUACAGU